CUACCAGUGCUAUAAACCCGACCCAGCCGAAAAUGCCAUCCAACACUUUUAUCCUGUGCAGCCCGUCCUGUUUCUCUCUCUGUCUCUCUGUUUGUCUCUCUGUCUCUCUCUUUCAGUAAAAUGUUGAUUACAGAUUCACCCCCAUGGAUUCUCACACAUCCAUUAUUGAGAUAUUUUAUAUAAAAAGUGGGCUUUUGCUGGCAGGUCACACUUGUCCUCUCCUCUGGUGUUCCUCAUUGUUCCUCACACACACAGCUACACUUCUGAUAAGUGAUAAGCUUUUUUUUUUCCAUGAAUGCUACAAAAUCAAAAUGGACGCCAGCAAAAGCCUUCUGGGGGGGGGGGGAUUUUUAAUUUCCAGUAUGUAGGGUAAGUCAGUCCAUCAGUAAUGAAACUGUCCUUUGAUGUUGAUCCCGAAUCAUAAACUCUGUUUUGUCUAUUUUGAUGUGUUUGUGUGCUUUUAUAGCGAAGCAGUCGACGUGAGUCGCUUGUUCAUAAAACAGCUAAUGAAAAUUGAAAGCAGCUCCCCUGGACAACCGGCUGUGUGCUUGCUAACAUUUGGUUCAUGACUUAGAAAAAGUUCAGGAGUGAUUCCUGAUGAGUCCAAAGCUCUGUCGCUGAUGGCUCCAGCCAACGCCGUCGCAGGAAUGUUGCCAGGCGGCGGGCUUCUCCCCACCCCAUCUCCAGUACCAUCUAUUGGUGGUGUUCCUCUUGGCUCUCUGGGUGGGCCUGGCAUGGAUGCUAUGGCAGCUUUAGGCAUUCCUGGACCCAAUAUGAACCCUCAGUCUUUGUCGGCGGAGCAGAUUAUGAAGUUCAUGGCGUCAAUGGAUCCCAAUGUGCUGCUGUUUUAUGACAGGUUAAAUCCGUUGGCUGCUGGAUUAAACCUAAACGCUGGAUUAAAGACCGAUGCGUCGAACAAGGAGAUUGAGGAGGCCAUGAAGAGGGUGAGAGAGGCCCAGUCUCUGAUCUCCGCUGCCAUCGAGCCUGGAAAUAAGAAGGAUGAUAAAAGGAAGCAUUCGAGGUCAAGGUCAAGGUCACGGAAGAAGAGAUCGAGGUCUCGCUCCAAAUACAGGCGUUCCAAGAGCCGAUCACGGCGACGGUCUCGCUCCAGGAGCAAGAGGAGGUCCAAGAGCCCACGCAGGAGGAGAUCUCACUCUAAAGACAAGAGGAGGCGCUCUCGGUCAAGGUGCGUGGGGGAUCGGAAGAAGCGCUCGAAAACUCCGCCGAAGAGCUACAGCAGUGGCCGACGCUCCCGCAGCAGCAGCCACAAACGUCACAGGAGGAGCCGCAGCAUCUCUCACUCACCGAAAAAGUCCAGGUCUCCAAAGAGGAGGCUCUCUAGAUCUCCAUCACCCAGGAGGCAUAAGAAGGAAAAGAAGAAGGACAAGGAGCGCGAAAGAGACCGGGACCGAAAAGAAGACCAAAACCGAGAAAAGCGAGAACGUUCCACCAGCAAGAAGAGUAAAGACAAGGAGAAGGAGCGAGACCGGAAGUCAGACGGCGAGAAGAGCGACGUGAAGGUGAUCCGGGAUUACGACGAAGAAGAGCAGGGCUACGACAGCGAACGCGAGGAAGAGCGGGAAGGGAGCCCGGACAUGGCGGCGUCUCCGCACGCUACCGACGACGCCGGGAGAGGAGAGUCGGACCAGCACAGCGACGAGCAGCAGGACGAAGACAUGGACAUGAGUGACUGACGGCAUGCACACGAUUCCGACAUAGCUUUUAAAAAAAAAAAAUUAAAAAUCUGUUCAUGUAACAUUUACGGUUCUAAAUUAAAAGUGAUCAUUUGGCCAAAAAUUAAGUUCUGUUCAAAUUUUUCCCUCUACAGCAAAUAUAGUCAGUUAGACCAGACGUGUUCGGUGUCCACAGUGUACUCCUUUAGUUUUGUACUGGAAUGAUGCGUUUUGAGCUGUGUGUGUGUGUGUGUGUGUGUGUGUGUGUGUGUGUGUGAUGAUUCAGAUGUUGAGUCUGGCUGAUCAGCUACAUUUGGAAUAAAAGGAACAUUGUGUUAACGUCACGAUCAUAAGGUUAUUUGCUGCGGAGCUGAUGUUAUUGGUGGGCGGGGAAAAAAAACGUCGGGGUAUUUUCCAUCACUUCCACUAGAAUGUUCUUUUUAUGUGACUGCAUCUCCCUCCAUACUGCUGUACUCGACUGCAAAGUGUCGUUUUAAUUCUUUUAAUACCCUGCCAUCGAUCCUUUCUGUACUUUUUUUUUCUUUUUCUUCAGUCUAAAAAUAUAUAUCUUUGGAAUAUUUGUGUGUUGAUUAGUUACUCGCGUUAAACAAAACGGAUUCUGUCCGUUUCACACGCGUUAAUCUUGUAUAAGAAUCUGACCUGCUGCGUGUGACGCUUUCGGCGCUUGCUGUGGGAAGCUGGGAAUGUUCGUAGGGGUUCUGUGGAAAAAUCGCUUUUUAAAAAAGAGAGAAAAUAAAAAAUCUGAUUUAAUUUAAAGUUACAACUGCUCAUUUGACUGUGAAUAUUACUGGCCAAUAGGCUUGAUAUUGAGUUGUGUUUUUUUUCCUCCUGCUUGAAAGUUAACAAUUUAUUAUUUUUUUAAAUUGCAUUAAGCGAUUUAAUCGUCAGGCACACGGUGGUUAGCACGUUCGCCUCACACCUCCAGGGUCGGGGGCUCGAUUCCCACCGCUGCCCUGUGUGUGUGGAGUUUGCAUGUUCUCCCCGUGCUGCGGGGGUUUCCUCCGGGUACUCCGGUUUCCUCCCCCAGUCCAAAGACAUGCAUGGUAGACUAAUUGGCAUGUCCAAAGUGUCCGUAGUGUAUGAAUGGGUGUGUGAUUGUGCCCUGCGAUGGAUUGGCACCCUGUCCAGGGUGUACCCCGCCUUAUGCCCCAUGCCUCCUGGGAUAGGCUCCAGGUUUCCCCGUGACCCUGAAGGAUAAGCAGUAUAGAUAGAUGGAUGGAUGGAUUUAAUCUAACUAAAUCGUUAUAUCGCACAAGCCUACUGGUCAAAUAUGUUUUGCAUUUAUUUUGGGUUUUUUUUUUGUUUUGUUUUUGCACAGCCAUGCAUUUUAUUAUUUUUUUUCCUUUCAUAUCCCCAGGUUGUAGACUUCUUUAGAGAAUGGUUACUCAUGGUUAUUAUUUUUGCAGUGUUGUGAAAGUUGAAAAUAAAACUUUAAGUCUCGUGAUUUAAUUACUUUAA